AUGGACUUGGGCGAACUACCGGUAGGGGACCGGGUGUUUUCCGGCGCCACGAACGUGCCAGAUUUAUUUAUAGUACCAUCUAGUGAAAUUCAACCCCGUAGUAGUAUUGGAAUACAAAAACGACCGUCAUAUCUCAUUAUGAGCGACAGCCACCUUAAACAUCUACCAGAACGUCUUCGACAGCCGAACUAUGACGUUGAUAUUAAAUUGGUGCGAGGUGCUGAAUGGAUUAGUCAAUACGAUCCAGAAUUAUCCAUACAAUCAAUCAUUAGUUUACCUGAUAUUAUUGAAGCAGUUUCUUCGUCGGUGGGAGUUGGAUUUGUAAUAGGAACGAACACCUUACGUCACAUACCAUCCCAUGAAGCCAUUGAACAAGUUAAGUAUAUUAUAACAGUACUUCAUAUCAUCCACAAUUAUUAUCAUCGCAAAUGUUCAUAA